AUGGCCGGAUCUCAACUCAAGAGGCUCAAAGCCUCGCUGAGGGAACAGGGUAUCAUUGGGCCUCAAAAGUCCAAGAAGCAGAAGCGGCAAAAUGCCGAGGAGCAAAAGGCACGACCCGACAAGCGCCUGCAGCGAGGCGAGGCCUUAGCCAGCAUCAGAGAGCAAUUCAACCCCUUCCAGUUCAAAACAAACGCCCGAGGGCCCAAGUUUGAAGUUACCACCAACAAGCCGACCAACGACAGGGCAGCCAUGGCUAUCAAGGGGCGCCCCGGGCUGGCCAAGGCCAUGGGAGAAGAGAGGCGGCGGCAAACCCUUCUUGUUGAGAUGCAACGGCGCAACAAGGUCGGCGGCCUCAUCGACAGACGUUUCGGCGAAGACGAUGCGAAUUUGUCGCUCGAGGACAAGAUGAUUGAGAGAUACACGCGGGAGCAGCAGCGAGCCCACAAGAAGAGCUCCAUGUUCGAUCUUGAAGACGAUGAGCCAAUGGGAGGAUUGACUCACAUGGGCAGACCUCUGUUCGACGGCGACGAGGACGAGGCGCCCGUGAAGGACGACUUCGACGGGGAGGAGCUGCCCUCUGGCGAUGAAUCCGACAGCUCGCGCGCCGAGAGAAGGAGGUUGAAGCGCCAACGACUGGAAGGAGCCGCUGGGGAGCAGGAGGAGGAGAAUGGACAACCUGAGCGGAAAAAGACGAAGAAAGAGAUAUACGAAGAAGUGAUUGCCAAGUCUAAGCUUUACAAAUAUGAACGGCAAGCAGCCAAGGAAGAGGACAACGAACUCAGGGCCGAACUCGAUCAGGCUAUGCCCGAACUCCAGGCACUUCUCUUCCAGAGACAGAAGCCUCCAUCAAAGGACGAGAAGCCCGCCGAAACCGCCAUGGUCAUUACCGGCAAGGAUAAAGCUGCAGUUGACAAGGAGUACGACAUUCGGGUGAAGCAGCUCGCUGCGGAUAAGCGCGCGCAGCCCGCUGAGAGGACGAAGACGGAGGAGGAAAAGGCGGAAGAAGAGUCAAAACGACUCAAGGAGCUCGAAGAAAAGCGGCUGAAGCGAAUGCGCGGAGAGAUGGAUGAGGAGGAUGAAGAGGAGGACGAGCAAGAGGAAGGCAAGAGCAAGGGAGGAAAGGGGGCUGCGGAUGGAGACGCCUAUGAUCCAUUCCAAACUGAGGAGGUUGAUGAAUUCGGUCUCGGCAAGGGUGUUAAAUACCGACCAACCGCCACCGAGCUGGGAUUCGAUGAUGAAGACGAUUUUCUAAUCGAUGACGACCUGGUCGCCAGCGGCUCCGACCUCGAGCUCGAAAGCGACGACAUGGAGGGCGAAGAGAGCGACGAGGAGGGGGCUGGAUCACAAUUCGGCUCCGACGAUGACGAGUUCGUGAAGGGAAUACUGACCGAGGCCGUCAUCAAGGACCCUGUUUUCCAGACAGACGAUAACGCCAAGGGAGACGACGAGCAUGGCAUCCCUUAUACUUUCCCAUGUCCGCAGUCUCACGACGAUAUGCUCAAGAUUCUUGAAGGCAUCGACGUGACGAAGACCCCGGUAGCUGUCCAACGGAUCAGGGCCCUCUACCACCCCAAGCUCGAUAGCAAGAACAAAGAGAGGCUCGCCAAAUUCUCUCAGGUUCUCGUCCAACACAUCGCAUACCUCGGCGACAGGUUCGAACCGCAUUGGUUUCCCACAUUGGAGAGCCUCAGUCGGCAUGUCCAUUCGCUGGCGAAGUCGUUUCCAAUCGAGGUGGCCAAGGCUUACCGAACGCACAUCCAAGAGAUGGAGCAAGAGCGGCCACUAGCUCUGACUGUAGGGGAUCUGGUCAUUUUGACUGCAAUCGGGGCAACCUUUCCCACGUCCGACCAUUUUCAUCAGGUUGUCACUCCUGCAAUGCUUGCCAUUGCGCGUUAUCUCGGGCAAAAGAUACCACAGGGACUCUGCGAUUACGCCACCGGGACUUAUCUCUCGAUUCUCGCUCUCCAGUACCAGCAGUUCUCGAAGCGCUAUGUCCCGGAGUUGAUGAACUUCUGCCUCAACACACUAUGCUCUCUGGCGCCCGAGAAGCCCCAAGAAAAGCUAGGCUUUUUCCCAGUCCACGAGCCAGCACCAGGGAUUCGAAUCAGAGGCGCCGAUAAGACUACCAUCCGACAGCUGAAUUGCAGCGAUUGCCAGCAGAAGCAGUCUCUUUCCCCUGAAGACGGAGUCUCCCUCAAAGUCGCCAUCGCCAGCACCAUCACGGCAAUUCUCAAAGCAGCCACCGAGACAUGGCACAAACUCUCCGCUUUCCACGAGACCUUCCACCCCGCGCUCCUCGUCCUCCAACACCUCACCUUCAAACCAAACUCGACCCAUCUCCCGGCCGCCCUCACGAGCAAACUAAUCGGCACCAUCUCCACCAUCGCCCGCCUCCUCCAACUAGCCCGCCUCUUCCGUCGCCCGCUCGAGCUGCACCACCACCGCCCGCUCGCCAUUCGCACCUACGUGCCCAAGUUCGAGGACUCGUUCGACCCGGACAAGCACUACGAUCCGGACCGGGAGCGCGCCGAGCUGGCCAAGCUCAAGGCCGAGCACAAGCGCGAGCGCAAGGGGGCGCUCCGCGAGCUGCGCAAGGAUGCCGCCUUCAUGCAGCGCGAGAAUCUGCGCAUUAAGAAGGAGCGCGACGCGGCGUACGAGAAGAAGUACAAGCGCCUCGUGGCCGAGAUCCAGGGGGAAGAAGGGCGCGCGGCGAACGAGUACGCGCGGGAAAAGGAGGCGAGGAAGAGGAAGGCUGCGAAGGGGAGGUAG